AUGAACUCGAAUGAUGCUGCUUUGGGUGGGAGUCCUUUCACGAAUGAGGAAUUGUUGGAGUUGGGUUUUGAUUUGUUGGAGCUGGGUUUUGAUAAGAAAGAUGUAUAUAGCUUUGGAAUUGUGCUUCUUGAGCUGCUUACAAGGAAGGAACAUCGUAUGGCAACCAUUGCUGAAGCUUCUGCAAAUUCUGAUAGCAAUUUGGUUGAAUGGAUCAUCAAUCUUGUAAGUACCUCUUUUAGUCUGCAAGAUGUAGUUGAUGACUCUCUGAUCGGGUUGGGAUUCGAUGGUGAGAUCUUUGAGUUCAUCAAUAUUGCAUGCAAAUGCGUUCAAUCAGUGCCAGAGCAGAGGCCAACAAUGCUGGAAGUGUACCAAACAAUGAGGGCCAUUGGGGAGAAACAUGGCAUUGUGGACGAUUCUGAGAUGUAG